GGAGUCUCAGUGGACCACGUGCGUCCUGUGUGUGGCUGGGGCAGAAGCGCGCAUGUGGUCUGGAGGCAGCCCAGCGGGUCAAAUGUCAGCUUCAGUUUUCUCACACUGGCCUAGUCCUUCCCUCACUCCCCUCCCCUCCUCCCGGGCAACCCCGCUUCAUGUGCUUGUCCCUAGUUUGUGUCUCGGUUUCCCCACUAUGAACUUUGCGUUACUCCGACUCCGCCCUUCAGCUUCCCGAGGGAUUCUGGGAAGGCAGCUGCAGGCCCGUCCAAGGAAGCUUCCGGGAAGCCUGGACUCCGGGGGGGCCGCGUUGCCUCUUGGGAAGUUAAGUCCCGCGUUGUCCCGCGUUAUGCCGCGGUUCUUCCGGGAAGGACCGUGCCCCCGCACACCUCCGCCUGACCUCCAUGGCCUUUUGGGCCCGCCGCGGGCGGUUCUGGGAAAGCGAGUCUCACUGUAGGCUAAGGGACUUCUGGGAAAGCGCCCCGCAGGGGUUUCUGGGAAAGCGUACCGAACGAGGCCGUUAGGACUUCCGGCCUCAGUCCUGGCGCGGGGACCUCUGGGAAGGCGAGUCCCGGAGGGGGCGGUGAGGUGGGGGCGGGGGCAGGACUUGUUGCCAGGCGACCCGGCAAGAGGGAGGGGCCCGGCCGGUCCCGGGCUCCGCCUGGGCCUCAGUUUCCCCAUUGGCGGCUUGGGGCGGGGCGGGCCAGGGCGGGAUCUCUAAGCGUCUGUCGUCCGCGUCCCCGCGCUUGACUCAGCUCCUCGGCCGGUGCGCUUGCUCCCGGCCCCUGCCUCUGCCCUCCGGUGUCUGGCUCUGAGCCUGCUAUCUCUCGGUCUCUGACCCCGCCCCCAUCUUAGCACCCCCCGAGCUCCGAGCGCACCGGGAUGUCGGGGAGCCCUGGGCCGCCGGGCGCCCCGGCGGAGGGGGGAGCGGAGCCCCCGGUGGAGGUGUACCACGAGCGGCAGCGGCUGGAGCUGUGCGCUGUGCACGCGCUCAACAAUGUCCUCCAGCAGCGACUCUUCAACCAGGAGGUGGCAGAUGACAUCUGCAAAAGGCUGGCGCCCGAUUCCCGCCUGAACCCCCAUCGGAGCCUCCUGGGCACCGGCAACUACGACGUGAACGUGAUCAUGGCGGCCCUCCAGGGCCUGGGACUGGCGGCCGUGUGGUGGGACCGACGGAGGCCCCUGAGCCAGCUGGCCCUGUCCCAGGUCCUGGGCUUCAUCCUCAACCUGCCCUCGCCCAUCUCCCUGGGCCUGCUGUCCCUCCCACUGCAGCGGAGGCACUGGGUGGCCCUGCGCCAGGUGGGCGGCGUCUACUACAACCUGGACUCCAAGCUCCGGGAGCCGGUGGCGCUGGGGGGAGAGGACGAGCUCAGGGACUUCCUCUCUGCUGCCAUGGCCCAGGGCCCGUGUGAGGUGCUCCUGGUGGUGACCAAAGACAUUGAAGAAUCGGGAGGCUGGCUGCAGGCGGCCUGAGGGCCCCCCAGCCCGGCUGGCAGCCUGUGACUACCUCUCCGGGCCACACAGCAGUGGCUCUGCCCGGGGCUGGCCCUGGGGCGCUCUGCGGCUUUGAUCCACUUCAGCCUUACCUGCCUCGGGUGCUCCAGCCAGAUUAGGGCCUCCUCCUGCCCCUCCUCCGGCUCCCUCUGCCCACCGGCAGCAGGCGGGCUGCCCGGGGCUCCCGGGGCCCUGCUGGACUUCUCCUCUUGGAGACCGACUUUUCCCAUCUGUAAAAUGGGGCCAAGCGGGGGAGGCAGCCGGGCUGCUGCGUGAAGCGCAUUAAAAAGCUCUCGAGUGCACUCUCAGGGCGUCCUUGCGGCGGGAGGACCCCCGGGCUGGAACAGGGGGGGGCGGGGCGGGGCCCCACGGAAGGCACGUCCCUGCCGUCUCCGGGCCGCUCAGCUGGCGCCAGCUCAGGCCUUUCUAUUCUGGGGCCUCGGGAAGAAGCCAAAAAUGGCCCGGCGACAGGUGGGAGGGCGGCGCCGGCCCAGCUGUCUGGAGGGGCUGCUGACAGCUGACCAGCCCGAUUUAGCCUCGGCGGAGCCUCGGGGUCUGGGCCCGCGAUAAGGGCGGGGGCGGGGGCGGCCCUCAUUGGCAGGGGCGCAGGCCGCGGGCCCUUAUAACGGGCCAGCCGGGAGCCUGCGCGGCGGAAGGAGAGCGAGCAGGUGAGGCGGCGCGGGCGGGCGCGGGCGGGCUGGGGGCCCCGACUCUGCUUGGGCACUCUCCCCUCUCCCUCCUCUGCCUUCUCCCCUGUCUGCGCUCUCACUCCUCCUUGCCCGCCGCGCCGGCCUCUGUCCCCCCUCCUGCCGAAUAAAGGUGUUUCUGUCCGGCC